AGUUUCCUUAACAAAGCUAUGGAUUUCUUAUGGCAACCUGGGGAAUCAGGUUAUCAACACGUGUGGCCGGACAUGGAAUUUGGGUGGCAAAGUGUUGUGGGUACCAUUAUUGGUUUUUGUGGAGCAGCUUUUGGGAGUGUAGGUGGUGUUGGUGGCGGUGGCAUAUUCGUUCCAAUGCUUAGCCUCGUUAUUGGGUUUGAUGCAAAAUCGUCCACAGCUAUCUCAAAAUGCAUGAUCAUGGGUGCAGCUUUGUCAACUGUUUACUUUAAUCUUAAACUAAGGCAUCCUACAUUGAAUAUGCCAAUCAUCGACUAUGAUUUGGCACUGCUAAUUCAACCAAUGCUCAUGCUUGGCAUUAGUAUUGGAGUGGCCUUCAAUGUUGUAUUUGCUGACUGGAUGGUCACUAUACUGCUUCUUGUUCUCUUUUUAGGAACGUCAACAAAAGCAUUCUUUAGGGGUGUUGAGACAUGGAAAAAGGAAACCAUAAUGAAAAAGGAAGCUGCCAGGCGACUAGAGUCAAAUGGUGCUGGGGCUGAAGUAGAAUACAAACCAAUUCCUACUGGACCUAACAAUCACAUUGCAAAUGACACCAAAAAACAUGAGGUGACUGUUCUUGAAAAUGUAUAUUGGAAGGAGCUUGGACUUCUUGCUUUCGUUUGGGUUGCAUUCCUUGCCCUACAGAUUGCCAAGAACCAUACAACCAACUGUUCAACAGCAUAUUGGGUACUGAACUUGUUACAGAUUCCAGUUUCAGUUGGGGUAUCUGCAUACGAGGCAGUUUCCUUGUAUAAUGGACAGAGAGUAAUUUCUUCCAUAGGAGAUCAAGGGACAAAUUUUACUGUUCUGCAGCUAAUUAUCUAUUGUGUCUUAGGAGUAGUGGCUGGAAUAGUUGGUGGCUUGCUGGGUCUAGGUGGAGGAUUCAUUAUGGGGCCACUCUUUCUGGAACUGGGAGUCCCACCUCAGGUUUCAAGUGCCACAGCCACAUUUGCCAUGACCUUCUCCUCAUCUAUGUCAGUUGUAGAAUACUAUUUGCUGAAACGUUUUCCAGUUCCUUAUGCUCUAUACUUUACUCUGGUGGCUACUAUUGCAGCCCUUGUAGGGCAGCAUGUUGUGAGAAAGCUGAUCAUCCUAUUUGGGAGAGCUUCCCUUAUCAUCUUCAUUCUAGCCUUCACAAUAUUUGUCAGUGCAAUCACACUAGGUGGAGUCGGCAUUGUAGGAAUGAUUAAAAAGAUUCAGAAUCAUGAAUAUAUGGGAUUUGAUAACCUCUGCAAGUAUGGUUCAUAGCACAUUUUUUUAGAUUAUUUUGUGAGGCUUACAUAAUAAUCCCAAGUUUCCAACACGAGAGCCAAUAGAUUAUAGAGCCAAGGUCGCCAAAAUUGACUUGUUCUUCAUUGCUAAGACAUGUAGUGAUGCUGUAGGAAAUUGAGAAACUGAAUUAAAUUCCGAUUAUUCUUUAUGUUCUAGCUUUUGUAUCAGCUACUAGUUUCUUUCUUUUCUUUUUCUUUUUUUCUUGAAAAU